GUCUCGACUCGGUCGCCGUUUCGACUCACGACCCAACUUUCCCAGAGCAAUGCACCGCUACCAGUCGAACAGAGCUGCAGCAAUGGCCAACAGUCGACUGAUCGACCAGGUCCCCGAUCACCCCGACCCCAUGGAAAUGCAAAUCCUCAUUCUCGGCAUGCCACGAACCGGAAUCAUCUCUCUGCGAACAGCUCUCGGCAAGAUUGGCUACAGAUGUUUUCACGGCCAGAUGAUGGACGAGUUCCCCGAACUCUAUCCUUUGUGGGAAGAAGCGUUGCGUGCAAAGUACUACCACGAAGGCGAACCCUUCGGGCCGAGAGAGUACAACAAGCUUCUGGGAAACUACAACGUCUCGAGCAAUUUUCCCGGCACGUUGGUCGCCGAGGAUCUUAUCAAAGCGUACCCAAACGCAAAAGUCAUCCUGACCAUGCGGAAUGUGGACGCCUGGCUGGAGUCGAUGAAGAACUCCGUGGACAAGGCGUACCAAUGGCGAUCGUUUGAGUGGCUUGCGCCUUGGGAACCAGAGGUCAUCGGACCAUGGUGGAAGUACCACUCCUUCCAACACCAACUUCGGCGGAGAAUUGCUCCUCGGGGCGAACGACAGGCGUUUCUCGACCACUACGCCGCCGUGAAGAGCUUGGUCCCUCCUGAACGGCUUCUGCACUACAAUAUCGGUGACGGCUGGGAGCCGCUCUGCCGCUUUCUUGACCUUCCGAAACCGGAUUGUCCAUUUCCACAUGUGAACAACUCGGAGCAAUUUGUCGCCGGGAGAGCGAGGCGCUGGAAUCGGGCGUUCUUUGCAAUGACGAGGAAGGUCGUUUGGCCAGCGGCGUUGUUCAUCAGUGUCUGUUGCCUGGCGUAUUUCAUCGUGGUAGACAUGAAGGCGAUGGAGGGCCUUUGA